CUCCUUUCAAGGGAACGGAACCAAACAGCGGAACCCGGACGCUUUCCAUGUCAACACCUACUGUUGUGUUCUUCUGCUUUUCUAACCAGGAAGAUGGAUUUGCUGUCGAACAAAUGGAUAGUUAAUUUGCUAGUUUGUUGGUUUUUCAUAGGUGUCGGCUGUAAUUCAGUGGAAAAGAAGAUUUAUGUGCAUCUCAAUUACACUGUCCCGUGUGUGAGGCUGCUCAAUGCAACACAUCAAAUAGGCUGCCAGUCCCAUUUGUCAGGUAAUGUGGGCGUGCUCCAUGUGCUCGAGUCGGAGGAAAACGUGGACUGGGUCGUGCGCACUGGUCCCAAUCCUCCUUAUCUGGUCAUCCUGGAGUCUCCGCUCUUUACCAGAUCCAUCAUGAUGAAGUUGAAGAACGGCUCCAGCAGGGUGGCCGGCGUUGCUGUUAUAGUGCCACGCACAAACCCCUCCGAGGGCUUCUCUCCACACACCACCUGUCCCAACGAGAACACGGGCGUGUAUUCAGAGCACUACGAUCCGGAGUUGGCUCAUUGUAACGUGACCGUGUGGAACCCUUUAGGAAACGGUUUGUCCUACGAGGAGUUCGAUUUCCCCAUCUUCUCUAUGAAAGAGAACAAAGACACUCGGGUCAUACGGAAGUGUUACAUGGACAAUAACCGCGCUGUGAAUGGCAGCACUCCUCAGUACCCGCUGUGUGCCAUGCAGCUCUACUCCCACAUGUCCGCCGUCACCGACACGGCGACCUGCAUGAGGAGAAAUGACAUCAAGUUCAGCAUCAGCCCAGAGAUGGUUUGUGACCCAUUGGGUGACUAUAAUGUUUGGUCCUCCACCAAGCUGCUCAACAACACAGCCAAGGGCCACAAGAUUGGGGAGAGUGUGAUCAUCGCAGCGUCCAGGUUGGACAGCCGCUCUUUUUUCUUCGACGUUGCUCCAGGGGCGGAGAGCGGAGUCUCCGGGUUCGUCACUCUGCUGGCGGCCGCUCACGCUCUGCGAAAUGCCACCCAGGAGGCCCCGCCCACACGCACCAUCCUCUACACCUUCUUCCAGGGGGAAACGUUCGACUACAUCGGCAGCUCCAGGAUGGUGUACGAUAUGGAGAACAAUCACUUUGCUGUGGACCUGAACAAUGUUCACUCGGUGCUGGAGGUCGGACAGGUGGGACUUCGUGCUGACUCCAAACUGUGGCUUCACUCGGACCCUGUGUCCCGGAAGAACAGCAGCGUCAACGAAGAGGUGAGGAAGCUCAUCACUAACUUGCAGUCGGCUGCGACCGGUUUAAGCGUCUCGGUGGAGGAGCCGAACUUCUCUCAGCCGCUUCCUCCUUCGUCCUUCCAGCGUUUCCUGCGAGCUCGGCAAAUCCCCGGUAUUGUUAUCGAGGAUCACCGCUCUGCUUUCACCAACAGCUUCUAUGAGAGUAUGUUCGAUAAUGCAGAUUACCUGAACAUCUCUUACCCACCAAACCUGACGCCAGAGGAGCAGCUGGAGUUUGUCACUGACACGGCUAAGGCUCUGACGGAGGUGGCCACCAUGGUUGCCCGAGCUCUGUACAGCCAGGCGGGAGGAGAAGGAGCGCAGAUGAGCAGCAUCAAAGCAGACCCUCAAAUAGUGACCCGGCUGCUGUACGGUUUCCUUGUCCGCUCAAAUAACUCCUGGUUCCAGCAACUAAUCCCCACUGACCUCAUGACCCACCUGGCUGACCGACCCACAAACUUCUACGUCGGUGUGGCCCAACAGCCCAGCGAGCCGACCCUUCUGGUCCAGCACCUGCUGGCUAAUCUGACCGGCAGCACCGUUAACGUCACUCAGGACAACUGCAAGAACCAGAGAGAGGACGAGAAGGACGUGGACACAAAACAUUUCUACUUCUACAUGUGGGUUCAAGGCGCCGCGCCUCCCAACAGCACGAAGAGGGAGGGUUACUGCGUGCGCUCCACGGUGCGUCUCUCCAAAGCGCUGUCCCCGGCCUUCGACCUGCAGGAGUACACCUCCAAAGAUUACUCGACGUGGACAGAGUCCCGGUGGAAGUCCAUCAAAGGACGCAUAUUCCUGGUGGCCAGUCAUGAACUAGAGAUGGUGACGCUCGGCGUGGGUGUCGGCGUGCUGAUAACAUCCCUGUUGCUGACGUACAUCAUGAGCUCGAAGGCCGACAUACUCUUCAGCUCGGGGAGGGAGCCCGCCAACGCCACCUACUGAUCCAGACUGAGGCGAUGCUGGCCCACGACCACGACCACUACUAUUUCUACUUCUAUCCCAACCGGACAUGGACAUCUUUUCUUUAAAACACACCACAAGUAGGUACACAGAGAGGUUAGACGCAGCAGCAGAGGUUUUUUUUUUUUUGACGACGACUACUCCAUGUUUCUGGACUCACUGAGGUGAGGCGUGACAUGAGCACUGGACCGGACUGGAUUGGCCUGGAUGGAUCUGGACUCAUCAGGGUCAGAAGACGCUGGGCGGGCCCUGUCAGUGGAAAAGAUGUUUAUAUUUCUUUUGCUUUUUUGUUUUCCCUUUUUACUGUCAAAGAAUGUUUUGUUUACUUUGUCCUGGGAUAGGCACUAAACAUCGAGCAUUAUUUUGAGCAUGUGUCUGAUUGUGAAUAUGUAAAUGUGACUGAGUGUGUAGGGACAAUUAUGAGUGUGUGUGUGUGUGUGUCUGAACUUUGUGUGAGGAUGGCGAUGGUAUGUGCAAUACUGGAGCUGUCUUCUGUCAAUAUAGUUAACUUAUCAAUCAGUUCUAAUAAGAAGAAACCACUUUGAGUCAGUGAACAAGUAGUUAAAUUUAAGGUUUUGUGAAAUCUGGAAAUGUGUGGUGAAGUAUUUUGAUGAGUUUUCGGUUCUGGGAUGUCGACAACAAUCCUAGAUAUUUAUAUUGCAGAGUCCCAGUACUCGUAUAACUACACACGUAUGUAGUUGUAGACUCGCUGCAAUUUCACAUAUUGUGAUAUUUGUGUGGAGAAGAAGAAUUUCCCGAGGAGUCCGGCAUGGCUGACACACUUUAUUACAUAUCGAUCAGCUGCCAAAACAAAACGUCAAAUCCAGUCAGAAGAUCUUGACGUGUGAGAUGCGCUGGUACUCUGGCUGUGCACUCUUUUUGGUUCGUACCUUUUUAACAAGGUUUCUUUUAAUGAUAACUUCCGAAAAAUUAUGUCAACACACGAGAAUGUUUUAAUUUAGUUGUAAUGUAAUGGCUGGAAUCAAUGACCAAUUGUGAUGCCUUGAUGAAGAAAUAAACAUUGCUUCUUUUCCA